UCCUCCGUGGUCACACGUCAUCCCGCAUCCCGCAUCCCGCGCACAGUUCAGCCGUCCGGUUAUGUUACUGAGUCGAGAAACUGCGACCCGUGCUUUGUGACUGUGUCGGUCGUUUCUUCCUUCGUCAGGGAACCGCGUCAGUGUCGUCGUCCUCUAGUGACAGUGUGGUGAUCUGUGUCACCCGGACUUUAGACCCCGCCAGUCGACUUAAUCAUUCAAAAUUAGGGUCAAAAACAGAGAUCCGGUGCCCGUCUACCAGGUCGAGAUGGACCACCGUGACAGUGACAUGGAAGGAGGGGUGUGUUCUCCGGAUUUCAUCAGUAGGCGGAUCUACGAGGCCCCACUCAGGCCGACGACCGAGCUGAGUGAACAUGAGGAGGAUAGCGACAGCGCAUCCUCGCGGCGGACACACGAAACUACCCCCGAGCAGGACGUUAUCGCCAAAAUCAAACGGGAGAGGGAUGCACAUGAGGAGGCCCAGCGCGAUACCAAGCCUCCACUGCCCAUCUCCAGCGCCGCCUCCCCGAUGGUGCCGCCCCCGGCGUUUUCGCUCCCCAUGCCGUUCCCGUUCCCGCACCCCGGCGCCGCCUUCCUGCCGCCCGCCCCCGCCUACCCACCCGCUCCGCACCCUGCCACUGCCGCCACCCACCACGCCUCCUCGGGCUCCUCACACUCCUCGGAGUCCUCUACCUCCUCACAGACUCAGCAGUGGCCCUUCGAGGAGCAGUUCAAACAGAUGGACCAAAGAUUUUCGAACGUGCCAUACGACAUGUUUCAAGGGUGUAGAAUUUCUACAGUUCGCGAUUCCUUGUACACCAACAAGGCGCCGGAGAGCUCGCCUCUGGCCAACAUCGGGACGCCUGAGGAGCAAUUCAAACAGCUGUACGAGAUUAGUGAUGAUCCCAAGAGGAAGGACUUUCUGGAUGAUCUCUUCAGCUUCAUGCAGAGGAGAGGCACUCCCAUAAAUCGACUGCCCAUCAUGGCCAAAUCAGUGCUGGACCUGUUUGAGCUCUAUAACCUAGUGAUACAAAGAGGUGGACUGGUGGACGUCAUCAACAAGAAGCUUUGGCAAGAAAUCAUCAAAGGUCUGCACCUGCCAUCUUCCAUCACAUCAGCUGCCUUCACGCUGCGAACACAAUACAUGAAGUACCUGUACCCAUACGAGUGCGAGAAGCGAAGACUCAGCACGCCUGGGGAACUGCAGGCUGCGAUAGAUGGCAAUAGACGUGAGGGCAGACGUGGCAGCUACGGUACCUAUGCUGAGAUGAUGCAGAGAAGUCCUUCGCAGAUGUCACCUCUGAGUUUGGUGACCGCCGCCAGACCUCAAGUAAACGGUUCGGCUGCCCAUCAUCCGACCAACAACAACCAUCUGCCUCACCAGGCACUCAUACCACCCGCCCUCGCAGGUCAUGGAGCUGCUAUUCCUCCAGCUGAGUUCGAAGCACGGAUGGUAGAAUAUGUGAAACUUCUGAACAAGGAAUUGCGAACAUCAGGAGCCACCCCUCCCAACCACAGGCAAAGUUCACUACCAACAUCACUGGCGGAAAAGGGCUUGGAAGCUUUGAACAUGUCUCGCAACACUCUCUGGAACCUGUAUCGCAACCAGACAUGUGUUGUUACAGGUUCACCACCAACAUCACCGCCAGAGACCGCCUUGGCAGCGUUUGACAUGUCUCGUCUCACCCUCUGGAACCUCUAUCAUAACCAGACAUCCCCUACGGAGCCUCAGAAGGAACCUAUUAACUUGGAGAAGCGAGAGGACCCAGUGGGACCUCCCCCACUCAAGCGCCACCAACCUGACUCUGAGGAGCCCAAAGUCACUGGCACGCACAUCAAAAUCUCCAGUAGAAAUGAUGGGCGCGGGGGUGGAGAUAACUCUCUGGUAGUCAGUAUGGACAUCAACGGCACCAUGUAUCAGGGAGUGCUGUUCGCGCAGACGACGCGCAACUCAAGACUGCCUUCGUAAACCUGUGUCUCUCAAUCUCAUCGGUGGCCGCGUACGUGACUCGUGCCCACAAACAUUACAAGAAUAAAUCGUGAAACUACUACGGAGUGUCGUUCCACUCUGUGGAGCCUCUGUAGGGAGGUUACUGGUUGGCUUCAUUUUGUAAUGACUUAAACCAGUUCGUCUGUUCCUAUGAGAAAAGUGUAGUAUUGUUGACUUUCAAUUUAGCUACUGGCCUGUAGCGCGAAUAUCUUCUGUAUGUUUAAGGAAAUUUGUGUGAAAAACGUCCUUUGAAGGAUUACGUGAUGUAAAACGAAUGCGACCUAAUUAAGUUUUUAAACUUAAGUAAUAGAUUCAAGUUUCUAUCUUGCACAGUUGGCACAAUUGUGUGUUUUAUGUACGUGACCGAAGAGUACCAUUUAUCGAUGAAAGUAUAAUUUUCUGGUUACAACUUUUGUAUAAAAGUUCUGAUAUACAUUUUUAAUUUUCUACUUUAUUGUAGUUUUUUAACCAUAUUUUAGAGGUGACCUCCAGAUUGUCUAAUUUGGUUUGCAAUAUAGAGUUAUUAAAAAGGGUCCUUACUGUGUUAUAGAGUUUUUAUUGCUUCAUUAUGUUUAUUAUUACAAAGACAAACAUAUCAAGACAUUACUUUAAUCUAAAUUAAAGUAAUCAGUCUUGAAUAUUGGGAUAAUAAACAUAACGAAGUAAUAAAAUCUCUAUACACAGUACGCUUUUUAAUACCUAGUUAUUUUUAUGAAUUUUAACAUGAAUAUCAUUUAUGAAGUCAUUAUCUCAAUGGUUGUUGAUUAACAAAAAUGAUCAACUUUGUCGUUACUGAAACUAAAAAUAUUAAAAAAUUUGGGAGUGAAUGAUAUAUAAAGCAUAUGUCUAAAAAAUGUGCAUAAUUAGUUAGGUACAUCUGUAAUAUUAUUAGUGUUCGUCGAAAUGUAAAUAUUGUUGUGCAUACCAAGGUGUUGUAUGAUUCUUGGUUACUGAGACGUGAUCAUAGAUCAUUGUUGUUCGUAAUUAGAAUUUGUAGGAUAUGCUUGUAACUUUAAGAUAAAUAAAAAAAAGUUCUUUGUUAACUUUAGACAGGUCACAUAAAGCUAAAUCUGUAUUUACACUUCUUGAUGUUACGACUAACUGUAAAGUGAUAAAUAUCAACUAAACACAUUUUCACCUCAUGUUUGUAACGUAAUGUUUGAUGCGCUUAUAAUUAAGAGCUUUACACACUGCAGAAAACUUUUUCUCUUUAUUGUAGAAAAAUCACCAUUAAUGUUAUGUUGUAAUGCAAUAAUCAGUUUUUAUCAGACAGUCGAACAUUGUUAAUAAUUGUUUUCAUUUAAAACAUACAGAUAUUCCACCUUGAAAGAUUACACAAAUUAUGAUUCAGCAGCAAUUCAGUUUUUAAAAGUUAUAAUCCAUGUUGAAAUGUUAUAUAUUUUGUACUGAUUUUAUUAUUAAUAUUAUUAAGUUGGUUGUUUGUACAUAAUCUUUGUAUACUUAGUUACCUGUACAUAUUGUCUUUUUUUAUAAGAAUACGUAGAACGGAGUGGGAGGUAAUUUUUUUUUUGUAGCUCCAAAGAUGUUUUUUUACUAGAUUUAUUGAUCACACUGCGUUGUGGAUAUUUAUUUUUGUAAAUUUUUAUUUCUCAAAUAUUUUUAAAAGUAAUUCACUGUAGAUAUUAAGCAGUUGAUGUCUUUUGUUAUGACUGAAUAGAUAAGAUGCAGCAAUAGUGUUUAAAGUUCGAACAUACUAAAGAUUCCUUUAUCUUUUGAAUCUCAAUAUUGAAUCGUUAUAAACACAUUUUUUGUCACCUAUGUGACUUGUGCAUUAUUAUUGCAUUUUUCCAAAAAAUAACCUAAAUUGCCAGGGUUAUGUAUUGUUUAAGGACCAAUAUGUUUUCAAAACCUGUAAACCUGUGUUUAUGUGUAGCUUUGUAUAAAGUUCUUACUUUAUUAUUACAUCUGUAGACUAUGUAGUUUGUUAUUUAUUAGAUAUUAAUUAAACUUCAAUUAAAUUAUGUA